AGAGAUUCCUCAUAGUGCAUUUGUUUCACUUAUUUUUCCUUCUGCUACGUAACAGUAACACACACUCUCUCGUUCCCAAUUUCUCACUCCCGCCAAAAUUCCCCCUCUUCCUUUCAAUUCGCAAACCCUAACCGCACUUUUCAGUUAGGGUUUCGCAGCCAUGCCGUCGCUGCUCUCUCCGGGGAAGAUCCUCCGUCUGGAAGUGGAGGAUUUCAAGUCCUACAAGGGCUUCCAACAAAUCGGUCCCUUCUUCGACUUCACCGCCAUCAUCGGCCCCAACGGCGCCGGCAAGUCGAACCUCAUGGACGCCAUCAGCUUCGUCCUCGGCGUCCGCACCGGCCAGCUCCGCGGCGCGCAGCUCAAGGACCUCAUCUACGCCUUCGACGACCGCGACAAGGAGCAGAAAGGUCGCAGAGCCCUCGUUCGCCUCGUGUACCAACUCGCCAACUCCGAAGAGAUCCAAUUCUCCCGCAUCAUCACCAGCGCCGGCGCCAGCGAGUACCGGAUCAACGGCGCCGUCGUCAAUUGGGACAGCUACAACGCCAAACUCAAGUCCCUCGGGAUUCUCGUCAAAGCUCGCAAUUUCUUGGUCUUUCAGGGUGACGUGGAGUCCAUUGCAUCAAAGAAUCCCAAAGAGCUCACUGCUCUGGUUGAGCAGAUAUCUGGCUCAGACGAGCUCAAGAGAGAUUAUGAGAAGUUUGAGGAGGAAAAAGGUGCUGCUGAGGAAAAAUCGGCACUUGUUUAUCAGAAGAAAAAGACGGUGGUUUUGGAAAGAAAACAGAAAAAAGAACAGAAGGAAGAAGCAGAGAAGCAUAUCCGCCUGCAAGAGCAACUGAAAUCCGUGAAGAAAGAACAUUUCUUGUGGCAGUUGUUUAAUAUAGAAAAUGAUUAUGUUAAAGCAGCCGAUGAUCUUGAAGAUGAGAAAAAAAGUCGUGAAGGUGUUGUUAAAGAACUAGAGUAUUUUGAAAGUGAAGCUGGUAAAAAGAAAAAAGAGCAGGCCAAAUAUCUGAAAGAGAUUGCACUACGUGAGAAGAAAAUUACUGAGAAAAGCAACAGGCUUGACAAGAGACAACCUGAGCUUCUGAAGUUAAAGGAGGAAAUGAAUCGUAUCAAUUCAAAAAUUAAAAAAGGGAAGAAAGAGCUUGAUAAAAAAGAGGAAGAACGGAGGAAGCAUGCCACUGUUAUAACAGACUUGCAGAAUGGCAUCCAGGAUCUUACAGGAAAAAUGGCAGACCUACAGGAAAAGGGUCGUGAUGUUGGUGAUCAACUUCAAUUGGAUGACGAUGACUUGGAAAAAUAUUUUCGAAUCAAAGAGGAAGCUGGGAUGAAAACAGCAAAGCUUAAAGAGGAAAAAGAGCUUCUUGAUAGGCAACAACAUGCGAAUAGUGAAGCUCAAAAAAAUUUGGAAGAAAAUCUUCAACAGUUAAGAAACAGGGAGUCUGAACUGAAUUCACAGGAAGAACAGAUGAGGACAAGGCUUAAAAAAAUUCUUGGUAAUUCUACAAAAUAUAAAGAUGAGCGUGAAAACUUGGAAAAAGAACUACGUGUGAUGCAGGACAAACAUCGUGAUUCCAAGAAAAAAUAUGAAAAUUUGAAGUUAAAAAUUGGUGAAAUAGAAAAUCAACUACGUGAAUUAAAGGCUGAUAGAUAUGAAAAUGAGAGAGAUGCUAAAUUGUCUCAGGCUGUUGAGACUCUGAAACGCCUGUUUCAAGGAGUUCAUGGUCGCAUGACUGAUCUUUGUAGGCCAACACAGAAGAAGUAUAAUCUAGCUGUUACUGUUGCUAUGGGUAAAUUUAUGGAUGCAGUCGUCGUUAAAGAUGAAAAGACUGGGAAGGAAUGCAUCAAGUAUUUAAAAGAUCAGAGGCUUCCUCCCCAGACAUUUAUUCCUCUGGAGUCAAUCCGGGUGAAACCAAUAAUGGAAAGAUUGCGCACAUUAGGGGGUACUGCGAAACUGGUUUUUGAUGUGAUUCAGUUUGAUCCCUCCUUGGAGAAGGCAAUUCUCUUUGCUGUCGGGAAUACUCUUGUUUGUGAUGAUCUCGAGGAGGCCAAAAUUUUAAGCUGGAGCGGUGAGAGGUUUAAAGUUGUAACCGUUGAUGGUAUUCUGCUGACAAAAUCUGGCACAAUGACUGGAGGCACUAGUGGUGGAAUGGAAGCUAGGUCAAAGCAGUGGGAUGACAAGAAAAUUGAAGGACUUAAUAAAAAGAAAGAGCAGUAUGAAUCAGAGUUGGAAGAGUUGGGAUCGAUAAGAGAUAUGCACCUUAAAGAGUCUGAAGCAUCGGGAAAAAUUAGUGGGCUUGGGAAGAAAAUUCAAUAUGCUGAGAUUGAAAAGCGAAGUAUUGAAGAUAAACUUUCAAAUUUGAGCCAAGAAAAAGACACCAUCAAAGAAAGAAUUGAACAUAUCAUUCCAGAAGUGCAGAAGUUAAAUGAUGAUGUUAACAAGAAGAAUGCAGACAUACGAAAGCUCGAGAAGAGGAUAAAUGAAAUUACUGAUAGGAUAUACAGAGACUUCAGCAAGUCAGUUGGGGUAGCAAACAUCCGUGAAUAUGAAGAAAAUCGACUCAAAGCUGCUCAAAAUGUAGCAGAGGAGAGGCUGAAGCUCAGUAGCCAACUUUCAAAAUUAAAAUAUCAAUUGGAGUAUGAGCAAAAUCGGGACAUGAGUACACGAAUUCAAGAAUUGGAAUCUUCUCUACGUGCUUUAGAGAAUGAUUUAAAACGGGUACAGGACAGAGAGGCUGAAGCAAAGUCGGAAGCUGAGAAAGCUACUGAAGAGAUUAAUCAGUUUAAGGAAGACAUAAAAGAGUGGAAAUCAAAGUCAGAAGAUUGUGAAAAGGAAAUCCAGGAGUGGAAGAAGAAAGCUUCUGCAGCCACGACAAACAUAUCCAAACUUAAUCGUCUGAUAAAUUCUAAGGAGGCACAACUUCAGCAGUUGACUGUGCAAAAGCAGGAAAUAUUAGAAAAGUGUGAACUAGAACAGAUUAGCCUUCCGAUCAUACCAGAUCCUAUGGAUACUGAUAGCUCAGUACCAGGACCAGUUAUUGAGUUUGAGGAAUUAAGUAGGGCACUGAAAGAUAGGAGACACUCUGACAGGGAUAAAAUUGAGAUAGAGUUUAAGCAAAAAAUGGAUGCCUUAGUCUCCGAGAUUGAUAGAACAGCACCAAAUUUGAAGGCAUUGGACCAAUACGAGGCCCUACGAGAAAAAGAAAAGGCUGUAACUGAAGAGUUUGAGGUUGUCAGGAAAGUGGAGAGGGAAAUAACACAGAGAUUCAAUGAGGUUAAGCAGACAAGGUACAACCUGUUCAUGGAUGCUUUCAACCACAUAUCUGGUAAUAUAGAUAAAAUUUACAAACAACUUACAAAGAGCAGCACACAUCCACUGGGGGGAACAGCAUACCUAAACUUGGAAAAUGACGAUGAUCCAUUUCUACAUGGCAUCAAGUACACUGCUAUGCCCCCAACAAAACGUUUCCGUGAUAUGGAGCAGCUAUCUGGUGGGGAAAAGACAGUUGCUGCACUUGCAUUGCUAUUCUCCAUCCACAGUUAUAAGCCUUCACCAUUUUUUAUAUUGGACGAAGUUGAUGCUGCGUUGGACAACUUGAAUGUCGCCAAGGUUGCUGGCUUUAUUCGUUCAAAAUCUUGUGAAGGAGCGAGGGUUAUUCAGGAUUCCGAAGGAGGGAAUGGUUUUCAGAGUAUUGUGAUAUCACUGAAAGACACCUUUUAUGACAAAGCCGAAGCGUUAGUUGGGGUUUACAGAGACUCUGAAAGAGGCUCUUCGAGAACACUUACAUUUAAUCUGACUAAUUAUCGGGAAUCCUAAAAUUCAUCUAUAGGUAACACUUGACGAGCCGCCUGCUAUGUAUAGAGCUCCGUUGCAUUUUUAUUUCUGGUUUAUAUAUGUUUCUUCUUGUCAAUUUCUUGUGUUUUAAGUUACCAAUUGACUGUGUUCUUUUCUAAAAUUAUUGUAAAUAGGACUUCCUGACACCAAAAUGCCAUGUAGAAUACAGUAGCUAGAUGUCUAAAUGUUCGUUCUUGAUUUGUAUUUUAUUCAUUCCACUUUCUUCUC